AUGUUCCUCAACGGGCAGGGUGGACAGCGACCUCCGAUGGUGGCCUCCCCGCCACUUAACGUUCGCGGAUCUAUUUCGUCAGAUUUCAAUGCCCUAGGCCGCUCAAGAAACAACUCCGAUGCUAUGGACAUCUAUACAAUCACAGACAGGGGUCCGGCUGCAGAGAGAGACCCGGCCGCUGGUCGUUGGCACGCCAAUGGUUCCCCAAGCAUUAAUUCUACCAGUAGCAAGAAUCCUGACAGAUACCCUUGCUAUCAGGAGAACGGACGAACGUACCAUGGAUACCGCAAAGGAAUCUACAUGUUGCCGUGCGACGAGCAGGAGCAGGAUCGUCUAGAUAUCUUCCACAAGCUUUUCACUGUGGCGAGAGUCUCGGACGGACUGAUCUAUGCUCCGCAUCCCACCAACGGCCGAUUUCUCGAUUUGGGAUGUGGGACAGGGAUUUGGGCGAUCGAUGUGGCCAACAAGUAUCCAGAGGCCUUCGUCGUUGGGGUUGAUUUGGCCCCCAUACAGCCUCCAAAUCACCCGAGAAAUUGCGACUUUUAUGCGCCAUUCGACUUUGAAAGUCUUUGGGCUCUUGGGGAGGAUUCGUGGGACCUGAUUCACAUGCAGAUGGGCUCUGGCAGCGUCGCAAGCUGGCCCAACCUCUAUCGGAGGAUUUAUUCCCAUCUCCGUCCCGGUGCUUGGUUUGAGCAGGUCGAAAUCGAUUUCGAACCCCGUUGCGAUGAUCGCUCUUUGGAAGGCUUGGCUAUUCGACAAUGGUACCAGUUAUUGAAACAAGCCACAGAGGAAACCAUGCGGCCGGUUGCUCACAAUUCACGUGAAACGAUUCGAAAUCUGCAGGAGGCCGGAUUUACUGAAAUUGACCAUCAAAUGGUUGGACUCCCUCUCAACCCUUGGCAUCAGGACGAGCAUGAGAGGAGAGUGGCUCGUUGGUAUAACCUAGCCAUCUCGGAGAGUAUUGAGACGAUGAGCCUGGCCCCUUUCAGCCGUGUGUUCGGUUGGCCUAUCGAACGAAUCAAGCAAAUAGCAGCCGAUGUGAAGUCGGAGGCUUUCAAUAAAGAGAUCCAUACUUACAACAUACUGCAUAUAUACCAGGCUCGAAAGCCCCUCGCCAAUUGA